GCCUCUGCUUCACGUGAGAGCGCCCGGGCCGUGCAGAGCCGAGCAGCGCCUCCUACGUGCCUGGGGCGACGCGCGAGCAAGAGGAGGCGAGCGAGCGGACGAGCCGCGCUGCCACCGAAGGCGCCGGGCAAGCCCAAUGCGUGGACUAGCUGCCUUUGCAACAUGCUGGAGCUACAGAUCCGCUAAAGGGAGUUUGCACGCCGCUGCUGGGGCUGGAUUGCAGCGCUCUCUUUCCUUAUGAAGAAGGCACAAACUUGGAUUAUCACUUGCUUUUAUCUUCAACUGCUCCUCCUUAAACCUCUUAUCAAGGCCCAGAGUCCCUGCGGGAAUCCUGUGACAGAUGAUGUGAAUGACAUUCAAAAACUGGUUGGAAAUCUUCCAAAAGAUUAUAUGAUAACCCUUAAAUAUGUCCGGAAGAUGGACACUCUGCCUAAUCAUUGUUGGUUGCAUUUGAUGGUUCCUGAAUUGUCAAAUAGUCUGAAUACUCUUCUCCACAAAUUUACAGAGUUUUCAGAUAUGUCAGAUGUCUUAAGUAAUUAUUCAAUCAUCAGUAAUCUCACAAGGAUCAUCAGUGAUAUAAUGGCAUGCCUAUCUUCUCAUAAAUAUAAGAACUUUAGAACAUACAAUGACCAUCUUUAUGAAGAAGGUAAAUUCUUUCCAAAAGAGUUCUUUAAGCACUUUUAUAACACUAUUGAUGGCUACAAAAUCUUUGCAGAAACACCAGUACAGAGUGACUGUGUUGUGCUUUUAGCAACAGACCCCCCACAAAAUGAUUCCAGCAUCAGUGUCACAAAGCCAUUUUUGUUAAAUCCUGUGGCUGCCAGUUCUCUUAGGAAUGACAGCAGUGGUGAUAACAGCCGCCCUGCAGAGUUGGGCUUCCUCAGCAGCCCCAGCAUGCAUGGAAUCAGCAUAGCACUAACAUCGCUGGUGACUCUUUUUAUUGGCUUUAUUUUGGGAGCUCUGUGCUGGAAGAAAACAACCCGCAAACACAUACCAGAAAGUUACCAGGCUACAGAAUCUAACAUCUGCCAAGAGGAUAAUGAAAUAAGUAUGCUGCAGCAAAAAGAGAAGAUGCUUCUACAGGUGUAGCGGUUGCUUUUUUAAUAUACACUGUUACUGUUUCACAUCUGGGCAGCUAACAGUUCCAUGUUUGCUUCAUAAAUGAAGCAGCUUUAAGCAUAUUUGUAUUCCUUCUGGAGUGACAGACUGAGUCUGCAUCUGUUGUUGUUGCCCGUGACUCCAUACUGAGAAUACAGAGCUGUGGACAAAGAGUGUGCUACUGUGAAACCAGCGUUGAAUUAUACAUCAUCAAAGAAGAAUCAACACUGAAAUGGACUGUAUUUUUAUAUUCAGACCAAUGUGUUUCUUUGCAUCUUCAAAUUUGCAGUGGAUUUUGGCAAACGCAUGAACAAAUUAUUCUGGAUUUAUGUGAUCCAACAUCAAAAGUCAUAAGGAAGUUUGCAUUUUGCAUAUGAAUGGAGACUCUGAAUAGGAGAAAAAUGCAGAAAUGAAUGAGAAUUUCAGCACUGUACAUAAGACUUGCAAAUAAGGUUAUGCGAUGGACUUACAUGCUAGCUUUUUUUCAUCGGUGGAACUGGGUUCAUAUUGAAGGAAGGUCACAUAUGAAAUAAGAUUAAAUAUCAAGCUGUAAGUGAAGUUUUAUUCCAAAUAACAGAAAAUCAACAUACACUUUGGCAAAGCUGUUACGAUCAAUUCAGGAGAAGUAAACAUUGGAUCUUGGCAACGGGGCAAUUGUAAUAGGAUGGAACAUUGAUUGCCUGAUGUAGGGGAGACUUCCAUUAACGUUCCAGUGAGAAAACGGAGAGAGAGAAAGUCAGCAUCGGGAAUAGAAAAUUACCAUAAAGUUUAUUUAAAAUGCUUAUGAAGAUGCAAUUCUAUUCUUAAAAUUAAAAAAAAAAUCAGGUCAUCUUGAAGAUACCAAGGUUUAGUUUAGCUUUUACUGUAUAACAUUUAAUAUUUGCAAAUAAAUAUAAAAGUAAUACACUUUUCAUCACUUAGCAUUCUCCAUCAAUUAUUAUUAGUUCAGCUCAAAUAAAAAAAAAUCUUAAUAGUUGUCAGCCUCUUGAUAUUAUUUGUAACAAAGCUGUGGACAGCAAAUCCAAGACUGAAAAUAACUCGCUCAUAAAUGUUAAAGAGGACACUAAAGGUUACUCAGAGCCUAUAUAGAAUGUACUCGGUGUUUUAUUAUUUUUCCUGAAAACAGAGUCAAGGGAUGUUCUGUUCUAUGAAAUGGUUGGAUUGCUCCACAUUUCAAGCUACUAAUCCAAUAAUAACCUUUAACUAUUAUAAGCUUAAUUAAACUAUUGUUAAAAUCAUCAUUUACAAUGCAUUGAUAGAGCUUAAGAAAUGCUUUAAAGUUACAGAUUUUCACAUAUUUAUUUAUUUUUCAUAUCUGUCACAAACUCUUAGAAAUAAUAUAUGAAAAACUAUAGAAUAUAUUUAGGAUUGAUUUAAAAUAACACGAAUCUGGAAUUCCUAAAUCCCUAUCCUAUUACUUUUGGCUGUUAAUAAAGCUAAAUAACAUCGUAAGUACCACCACACAAUAUGUGAUAUUAGGAAGAUAUAUCUGCAUGUGCUGCCAGUGAGGACGCAUAUUUAGGAUGCACACUCCAAUCCAAAUCACACAGCUGAUCUGUUAAAAUGGCUUAAUAAUAUACAGGCUACCAGCUUCUACAUCUAUAGAUAAAUCAGAGCCUACAAUUAUGACUUUCCAACCUAUCUUUAGAGUCAGAAAAUUUUGAAAAAUCUGUGCAAACUAAGAUAUAUCGGAAGCUUUGCUUGAAUAAAGUUCUAGCGCAGGUCCUGACAAGGUAGAAACCAGAGCCUUAGUCAAUAGUAACAUGCCUCAAUAAAUCACUAAACACAUUAAUAAACAUGCACAGCAUUUCACUUUCCAGCAAGUGUUCUAAAAGAAGAUGGUAUGAAAUAUCUGAAACCUGCUUUUCAAACUUUUUCAGAAGGGAACAAAGAACACAUUUGUUGCUGAUUAAAAUGGCUUGGAAGGUAAUAUUGCAAACUUGUUGGAAUCUAUAGUACAUAUUGUGCAAAGCUUCAUUUAUAUUGCAGGGUUUAUAACAAUGCCACAUUCUCUUUACCAUUAAAACAGAACAAGACAAAGUUAAGGUCAAGAGGCAUUUCCAGAGCCAACUAAAAAUUCCUAGUAUAAUCCUACUGGCAUUACCAUGCUUGCAUAACAAUCAUUGUUCUCGUUUUGAAUGUAAAUAACCUCCAUUAGCACAAAGUGGAAUAGCAUCCCAUCACAACUGAAGUUGAAUAAUCAUUUUGACAGUUAGUAGCAUGUCCUUGGCAUAUUCUACUUAAGAGGUUUGACUGAGUGGUUUGGACCUUCUCAGUUAAAUGUCACAAAGAUGAAAUAUCUGGAGAGUAUUUCGCUAUUUAGGAUUAUCAUUUGGCAACCUAAUUUUGAAAACUAACGAACUGGAUCCCAACAUCAGAGGAUUUUGAUCCAAUCCAGUGUAUUUAUUUGGCACCUAAAUUUGGUUGUGCUCACAACUGAUCCCCCUUUUCUUGUGAUUAGAUCUUGAAUUCCAGAGUUGACCAAGUAGCUACUGUUAAGUUUAAGGGUCCUAACUCCAUCAUGAAGGUAUAAUUGGUGUCCUUGUUGGGAUCCAGCCUUGUCACAGCCAGUGUGGGCAGAGUGGUAUUUGCAUCCAAUAAGGCAGAGCAGCCAUGUUAUCUGGUUUGUUUGAAUAAUAACAAGCAAGCUGUUCUUCAAGUGAAUUUGGACAGAGCUGCAUAGUUUUAUGAGUCACAAAAUUUUGUUUUAGAUUCAACAGUGCACAUCAGUGUGUGUGAUGUUGCAGCUCUCAAAUAUUUCUUAAAGAGAAUAUUUGCAACAGCAUGGAGAAAAGGCAAAGCAACACUUUCUUUAAAAAGAAAAAAAGGGAAAGCUAGUUUAGUGCAUACUGAAGAUCACUUAACACAGAUUAGUUACCCCAACACCCUUUAACUAUUCUGUCAGGAUAUGGAUUAGUGGGUUUUUUCUGUCUUUUCAGAGCUUUCUGAACCAUGGUCUGAGGAUAUAAAUCAGUGCAAACCUUUGUGAGGACAGAACCAGGGUGGGUUGUUUUCUGUGUGCAUGAGUUCUUCUGGUUUGCUUAACACUGGAUAUAAGGUUAUGAUCUAUCAUUAUUCAGAAACCUUGGAUUGAAUCAAGAUGUGCCCAUCCACAAUUGGAAAGAUUUUCCCCAACAUAUAGUGCAAGAUCUUUCCAUGAAAAAAGGAAACUGAAAUCAAUGGUAUGUUUCUGUUAGGCUUUUGUUGGAAUUUCACGACGUCUUAAGAUGUGUGCUUGUGUUGAGCAAAGUCUUUCCUUAUUUUUUGCACAAUAGUUUGUAAAACUGCCCACAUUUCUAUAACUGACUUGUCUCCGGAUCCAACCCUUUCUCUGUGCAAUGUGUUGAACACAUUUAGGUUUUUUGCAGUGAAGGACCAAUAUAUGCCUCCAAAAAGAUGAUGGAGGAAUAUAAUUUUUAAAAAAAAAAAAAAAUCAGGUCAACCUCAUUUUAUUAAUUCCUUACAGAUUUUGCAAAAGUGCGUAUUGUGAAGUCAUGGAUGACUUUUGUGGAAAACGAAAGCAGCUAAUGACAGCAAAUUUCAAGAUGCUAUUUUACAAGGGAUUUUACUUGAAUAACUUAAUGGUACUUAUUUCACUGCAAGUUUGCUUUAGAUCUAUAUUUAAUACAGAUGUGCCAUAACAUAUAUACUUUCUCUUUUGAAUUGGGUGAGGCUUUCCAGACUAGACUCUAUAUGUUAUAUCAAAAAGCUACUUUUGUAUUAUUUCAGCUUUUUGGUAAAAGAGUUUGAGAACUGCAUAAUAGUUUCCCCUACAUCACUAGUAAUUUCAUCCAACUGUAUUUUUAAAAGAAGCCAUGUAAAAAUAAUUAUUAAACAUAUUUAAGUCCUAGGAACUCAGAAACUUCAGGCUUCUUAUUGGGCAAAGAUAUCCCUUUGCUGGCUCGGUCAUGGGUUGAGAUUAUGUAUAUUUUGAUGUGAACAUCAACAGAAUCUUGUGUGUUUGUAAUCUGGCUGAAGGUUUAUAAAAUGUAAUAUGUAUCUUAUGUGUCCUAUAGAUGUAUACCCUUGUCCUUUUUAUAUAUAUAUAUU